AUGAGUAUCAACCAGCCAGGUGCUGGAUCUCACUGGCGCCGGACAACUGGCCAAGAAGUUUACUCACCCCUUCUUUUAGCUUUCACACAUGAGAAAUCAGAAGAUUGGAAAGCUUCUCAUAUAACUAAGGCGACAGCCAUGGAUCCAAACUAUAGCUUACCUCUUAAUGUGGCAUUGAUUACUCUUGAGGAAUUAGAAGACAACAGUGUUCUCCUCCGUUUGGCACAUCUAUACGAGGCUGACGAAGAUGCAGACUAUUCAAAAUUAGUCAACAUAGAACUGAAGAAGAUGUUUGCUGGAAAAACUAUAACGGAGGUAAAGGAGAUGAGCUUAUCAGCAAACCAAGAGAAAUCAGAGAUGAAGAGGUUGACAUGGAAGGUUAAGGGGGACAGUGGAGGUGAGCCUGCACCAGUUAGAGGUGGCCCUGUAGAUAGCUCCGCCCUUAUUGUUGAGCUCAGUCCCAUGGAGAUUCGGACUUUCCUCUUGAAAUUUUAA